GAGAGAGCGAUUUGACAGAAAGGCAAGUGCAAAGCUUUCAAUCCCCCGAAAGAGAGAGUAAAAGAAAGUAAAAGCUUGAAAGCCAAGUUGGUCCGAAGUGUGGUGUUGAAGGAGAGGGAACGCCAUCAUCACCCACUUGUUGUGUUGACGUGAAUCUCGUGGUCAUCUCAUCUCCAUCUCCAUCUUCAUCUUCAUCUUCAUCUUCUUGUUCUUCGUCCCUGUGUCAUUUGUUGAUCCGGAGCUUCUCGCUUGGCUUUCUCAGAUUGAUCAAGCGUCAAGAUCAACCUGACAACUACCUGUGCUCUGCUCCAUUUUCGUAACCCCUAAAGAAAAAGGAGAGGAAUCUUCAACCCCAAUCAACAUGGGACUCUCAAGUCUUCCAGCUCCUUCUGAGGGAAUGCUCUGUGUUCUCAUAGUAAACACCGCCCUGUCCAUCUCCAUCAUCAAAGGCCUUGUCCGCACCAUCCUCCACCUCGUCGGGUUACGCCUCUCCUGCCUCUCCCCGUUGUUGCCGGCCUCCAUCGACGCCCGCUCCUCCGAGUCCUUUGAGUAUAGGAUAAGCCCGUCCGAGAGCUACAUCGAGCAGUUCAGGAACCAGGCCCCAUCAAUCCGGUUCGACGCCGUGUGCAGAGGAGGGCACAAGAGGGAGGACCGCGACUGCUCCGUCUGCCUGUCCGAGUUCAUGCCUGAGUCGGAGAUAAGCAAGCUGUCCUGCGGGCACAUCUUCCACAGGCUGUGCUUGGAGAAGUGGCUGGACUAUUGGAAGAUCACGUGCCCACUUUGUCGGAAGCCUAUGAUGGUGGAAGAGGAGGCUUCUUCCCCAUGCUUCUGGUGAAUCAAUAGAGAGAGAGAGAGAGAGAGAGAGAGAGAGAGGAGAGGAGAGAGACUUUUAAGGUGCCGUCGUGUUGCUCGUUGUACAGUCGAUAGCGUGUACAGGUAUUUUCGCAUCAACAGGGGCCUUUGGUGUGUGAUGGGUGCUGCUUUUACACAUUUUGUACUAGUGAAUCUGUGCGAAAUGUGGUUAGAACUUUGAAAACACAGAAAGAGCUUGUGCUGUUGUGGCUGUACAUACUGAGAAGCCGCUAGUGUUCUUUUUAUGCACUGUGAUCUUUCCCCUC